AUGACUCGUGAGGAGUACGAGGCUGAACGCGCUCGUCAGGAACUGCAAGAGCUUAGGCUCAGCCAGGACCGAGAAAAGGAAGAACGGCGUAUCCAGCAAAAGUACCGAGAAGAGGCUGAGUUGCAGCGUGCCAAGCGUGACCUAGAUGACAUUCGUGGCAGAGAGGCUCGUGCUUCGGAGGAGAAGCGCUUCAAGACUCAAAUUGAACUGCAAAAGUACGAAGAGGAGAUGCGACUAGCCGAAGAAGCCAAGAAGCGGGACAAGGAAGCCUCCGACGCAGUGGAGCGGUACAAGAAGAAGGAGCAAGACCGCAUCGCAAAGGAAAGGAAAGAGAAGGAAGAACGAGAAAAGGAAUUUCAGAGACGACUCCAGGAAGAGCGCCAGAAGGAGCUCGACCGUCAGGCUAAGGAGAAGAAGGAGAGAGAGGACCGAGAGAGAGAAUACAAGAGACGUCUCCAAGAAGAUUUGAUCAAGUCGGGCUUGGACGAAAGGGCGAUUGCAGCGAUUCUGAAGAAGGAGAAGAUCCCAGAACCGCCAAAGCCUAAGCCCGCCCCAGUCGAUCAUGCCCUUGUGGCUGCUCAACGCCCGACAUAUACACGCAUGGCCCGAAAGCAUUUGUCCAUCGAGACACUGAGGACAUAUCGUGUGGAGUGGGAGUUGGAUACUGACCCUGAUUACGUACUCAUAAAGCGCUGGGUACCCGAGUGGGAGCAAGAUACCCUUUGGAGGCACACUAGAGCGCUCCGUGAGAAGCGGUCAUCCAAGCUAGUGCUGGAGAUUGAAGACAAGAAGUCUCAUCGGCAUGAGCCGGAAUUUGAGUGGGUCAGAAAGAAGAAUGACCGUAAGAGGAGCAAGUCCCCAGCGCUGCUCAUGUACCUCGCAGGAGCUAAGCCGGCAUGA